CAGAUUGAGUUCUGAAUGCAAAAUAGAGUAGGCCGUGAACGAAGAUGGCGUCUUGUGUUAGGUUUAAUAAAUAAUAAUAAAUUAAUUUAUUUAUACAGUAUACAUAAAUUUUACAACGUAAAAAAUAUGUGAUGGUGAAAGUAACACAUGGCGUGGAAGGAAGGAACUGUCCAACCUCAGCACUUUGUCGAAGAAAUAGACUAUACCGAAAUUGAAAAGUUAGAGGUUGUUGGGAAAGGCUCGUUUGGUGUUGUUUGGAGAGGAAGGUGGCGAGAGACUUAUGUUGCUGUUAAGGACAUUGACUCAGAAGCAGAGAAAAAGGCAUUUGCAGUGGAAGUUCGUCAACUAUCAAGAGUGAGCCACCCAAACAUAGUGAAGUUGUAUGGUGCUUGCACGAAAAACCCAGUGUGCCUUGUGAUGGAAUAUGCGGAAGGUGGUUCUUUGUACAAUGUUCUUCAUAAUACUCCACUGCCCAUUUACACUGCUGGGCAUGCCAUGAGUUGGGCACUACAAUGUGCGAAAGGUGUUGCCUAUCUUCACAACAUGAAACCGAAAGCUUUAAUACACAGGGAUCUAAAACCACCAAACCUUCUGCUUAUUAUGGGUGGUAAGGUGCUCAAGAUUUGUGAUUUUGGAACAGCAUGUGAUAAGAAGACAUACAUGACUAAUAACAAAGGAAGUGCUGCUUGGAUGGCACCAGAAGUGUUUGAAGGCUCCAACUACACAGAAAAGUGUGAUGUCUUCAGUUGGGGCAUUAUACUUUGGGAAGUCCUGAGUCGCAGGAAACCUUUUGAUGAUAUUGGGGGCUCAGCAUUUCGCAUUAUGUGGGCUGUCCACACAGGUGAACGGCCACCACUAAUCAGUGGCUGUCCGAAACCAAUAGAGCAACUGAUGACAAGUUGCUGGGAUAAAAACCCCGCCAGUCGCCCCUCCAUGGAUGAAGUGGUACAUAUAAUGAGCCAACUGUUGCCCUUCUUCAGUGGGUAUGAAGAACCUGUACAGUAUCCAUCAGAAGUCUCAGCCCCCGUAUCAGAAGCUUGGAUCACUCCACAGACCAUUUAUAGGACCCCCCACAGACCACCUGUGGUCAACUUAGAUUCAGAAAGUGACAACACUGAAGAAGAUAACAGUGGUUCCGAUACACUAGAUUCACAGUUGGAACUUAGGAGUACCUUCGGUGAUGAAUCACAAAUUCAGGUUGCUCCAUCUGCCUUGAAUGGUUCACUGGGUGCAGGCACCACAGUGACUAGGGAAGAACAGGAGCGGCUCUCUACUCCUCUCCAUAUUCAUGUGGACCCUGAUGCGUGGACAUUAGAAGGGGACGCAUGGCAACAAAAUGGUUCAGGGCUUGAGAACACAUUAUCAACAUCAUCUGGUCCAGUUCACAUGGAGAUCCGUAACAGGCCGGGACUGGAUAGGAUGGUUGUCACUUCUAACAGUCCCCAACAUCAUAUGCAGGAUCGGCUACAAGAGCAACCUGAUCAAUUUCAGGCCCCAGCUGGCACUGGCGGCAGCACUCACCACGAAGAACUGGACAAUGUUUACCUCAUGCUGGACCCACAGCUUCAUCCCAUCACUCCCAACACCUCGUGCCAACAGUCUGUGCAGAUCUUUGAACAGCACAAACAGCUAGCACAAGACUACCUGAAGGUACAGACAGAAAUUGCGUACUUAUCUCGCCACAAGGCACAGCUAGCAGAGAGACUGAGUGAAGCCGAAGGCUUGAGUCAGCUGGACCAGCAAGAUUCUGAGCGUCACCAAGAGGAGCUCAGAAAACUUGAAAAUGAGAAGGAGAGUUUGUUGGCAUUACACCGAAACCUGAAAAGGCAGCUCGAUAUUAUAAAUCGGCAACGUAGGAACAAUGUGGGUGGUGAUGGCUGGGUAGUUGUAUCAAACCAAAACCAUUCCCAUGUACCCUAACCUCAGUUGAAUCCACUUCGUUCCACCCAUACCAAGUACUUGGGAAUUAUCCAUGGUAUGUUUUAUCCAGAGAAAUAAGCAUGUCUGGUCAGAACAUAGUUUAUAAUUACAUGAAGCAUGUUCUGUGUAGAAAUGCUUGAAAUAUUUUAUGAUUUAAGGGAACCAGAAAAAUGCUUUUUGUGAUAUUAAUUCAGGGUACAAAGAGGGCCAUAUGAACAGACAGAGAAUACGAUGAGCUGAACAGUGCUGGUAUGCAGUGUUGCCAACCAAAUCUGCAUACUUCCAAGAAGCUGGUUGGCAAAUGUGAGCAGUGUAUCUGGAUAUUGAGACAGCCCAUGCGGGGAAGAUACUGGCAUUUUUUAAGUGAAGUACUACCUGGCUAAAUUAAUUUUUAAAUGGCUAGGGAUCUAAAGGUCUCUGAUACUUGAUCCAGCUGGUCUCACAUUGACUACAAGCAAGAGAGGGGAAAUACAUAUGAGUGAUGACGUUACACUGACUUUAUGGGUCGGCCAUUUGAUCUCUGCACAAUACCUUGAAUUAGUUCACAUACUUCGCACACUGACAGUUGCCAUGGUUGGGUAGUACAGAUUUACUGAAGCCUAAAAUGAACUGUUGGCAUAACGGUUUUACAUUCUCUAGUCAUCUCUAGUGGCAUAAUGUACAGCAACAUAUGUGGCUUUGCCUUCAGUGUAUGGACUUUUCUUCAUAUGUUUUGAGUCCCAUGAAAUAUGUUAAUCAGAUAUCCUAUGCAUCACACAUAAUUUGAGGAGAAUGUUGCAGAUUCAAAAAGACAGUUUAGCAGAACUUGAUGGUUGCAUUCAAGAUGGAGCACAGUUCAUACCAGAAGAGUGUUAAGGAGUGUUUUAAUCCCAUAUAGAUGAAACAUAUAUAUAUGUUCAUUUCAUUAAACACAGCCAGCUGUUAAUAUUCCACAGGAAUUGUGGAGAUAAAACCAAAGAUUAGAAAUAUGUUGAACACAGUGGCAUAAUAUUUUUAAAGCUCAUAGCACAUUCAAGGUUUUAUUACAAAGCAAUCAUGUCUAAGGCCCAUAGGAUCUAAAAUAUGAAGACAGAGGUGCCAUUGUCCAUUAAAACCCAAUUUGCUCUGUGAAGAGGUUCUGGUAUUCAUUUUGCAUUUGAGAGAAAAAUUAUCUGAUAUGUUAUUCAGAAUAUUGUUCAGUGUCAUUUAAUUCAACAUCGGGCAUAAGCAGUCUCAGUGAAGCUUUUGCUUCAUCUCAAGGGGAGCAAGAAAUGACUGAAAACCGGACAUGGUAAAUAAGUAUUACAGAGGAUUACAGAGUUAUUCUCUGCAAUGAUAUUUUAUUGACUGUAUCAUUGAAAUCCCUGCUAUUAAAAUCUUAAACUCCAGUGCCUAGUUCGUUAGGUGCUGAAGAGUGAAAGGAGGAUCUCUAACAGUCAUAACUUAAAUUUCAGUGUCAGUGUGGCUGUUAUUUGAAUUGGACAUUCUUCAAAACUCUAUUGAAUCUUUGAUAUUAUCAGCACAACAUACAUGCAUUUAGUAUGAACAGCACAUAAAUGAGAAUCCAUUUUCCUGUAUUUGUGUAAGUACAUUAAAGAAACUGAAAUAAGGCUUUCAUAUACAGCAGUUGGCAGCUUCAGUUCCAUACAUAACCUUCAAAAUUGUGUUGUUUUGACCCAUGUUCUGUGAAGUGCUUAAUAAUUGUGCUGGUGUAUAUUAAAUAAAUUUGAUAUAUGCAGUGGCUCUAUGUGCUGCAGUGCAGUUUGUCAGCUCAUUAUUUAUAGAAAUAUCUGAUCCAGACUCUCUAAACUUUAUUUUUGACCAAAACAGACUUGGUAAACUUGCCUCAGAUAUUCAUAAAUAUUCAUUGAUUUGAUUUGAUAUGAUAUGAUGAUUAUCAUGUUUUUAUCAAGAUGUUUCAUUAUAAUAUUUUCUCAAACUCCAUUUUUGGAGAUUACUGAUUUUAUGUGGAUUAAACACAGAUUUAAUCAGUUCUUCUACCUUUUAUGAAAUGUGCUCAAAAAAAUGGUUAUUUUGUUGGUAGGUUCAGUUAAUUAAAUGGUACUUAAAAUAAUAACAGCAUCCCUUCUACAUGUACUUGAUAUAUUAUUUAAUUUGUAUGUCAGAACACAUUCAACAUGUUGCUUUUCAGUUGUCUGUGUUAUGUCAUAUAAUACAAAUUUAAAUUCAUUGGGUUAAUGUAGUCUUAAAAU